CUCUGAUGAGAGCUCAGACGUGAUAAGGCCGUGGCUCGCCAUCCCGGUAGGAGCUGGUGUGAUAGCUUCCUGCCUUCUUCUCAUCGCCAGAGCCAUAGGACUUCCCACCCAGAAUCUUUAGGUAAAUGAGAUCAUGAUUCUGGAAGGAAGUGGUGUAAUGAAUCUCAACCCAGCCAACAACCUCCUUCACCAGCAGCCAGCCUGGACGGACACCUACCCUACAUGCAAUGUUUCCAGUGGUUUUUUUGGAGGCCAGUGGCAUGAAAUCCACCCUCAGUACUGGACCAAAUACCAGGUGUGGGAAUGGCUGCAGCAUCUCCUGGACACCAACCAGCUGGAUGCUAGCUGCAUCCCUUUCCAGGAGUUUGACAUCAGCGGAGAACACCUAUGCAGCAUGAGCCUGCAGGAGUUUACGAGGGCAGCAGGCUCUGCCGGGCAGCUGCUCUACAGCAACUUACAGCAUCUUAAGUGGAACGGUCAAUGCAGCAGUGACCUUUUCCAGUCCUCACACAAUGUCAUUGUCAAGACUGAACAAACUGAUCCUUCCAUCAUGAACACAUGGAAAGAAGAAAACUAUCUCUAUGAUCCCAGCUAUGGUAGCACAGUAGAUCUGUUGGACAGCAAAACUUUCUGCAGGGCUCAGAUCUCCAUGACAACCUCCAGUCACCUUCCAGUUGCAGAGUCACCUGAUAUGAAAAAGGAGCAAGACCACCCUGUAAAGUCCCACACCAAAAAGCACAACCCAAGGGGCACUCACUUAUGGGAGUUCAUCCGAGAUAUUCUCCUUAGCCCAGACAAGAACCCAGGGCUGAUCAAGUGGGAAGAUCGUUCAGAAGGCAUCUUCAGGUUCCUGAAGUCAGAAGCUGUGGCUCAGCUGUGGGGGAAGAAGAAAAAUAACAGUAGUAUGACGUAUGAGAAGCUCAGCCGGGCCAUGAGAUAUUACUACAAACGAGAGAUCCUGGAACGUGUGGAUGGACGACGGCUGGUCUAUAAGUUUGGGAAGAAUGCUCGUGGAUGGAGAGAAAAUGAGAACUGAGGCUGCCAACCCUUGGGACACAAACCAAAACACACAGCAAAUGGAUUGUGAUCAAUGAAGAACUGGACGUAAAUAUUUCAAAGACUACUUUUCUGUGAUAUUUAUGUACCAUGAAGGGACAAAGAAAAUCUACUUCUGACGGGAAGAAGGAACACUACAGUUGAUAAAAAAAAUUAUUUUGUUACUUUGAAGUAUGUCCUAUGUGGGGAACAAAUGUACACAGUUUUCUGUGAACUAUGAAGCUGUAUGUGGUUGUGAUUUGCUGUUGCCUCUUUGUGGUGUUCUUUUCUACCCCGAGAACAACAGGGCCUGCAGCCUUGUGCUUGUUGCUAAGAGGAAGGGAUAGGAAAUGAGGGCAUUAAAUGUUUUCAAAUGUAAAAGGACUUUUAAAAAAAGGCAAUAUGUAUUCUCUGCAUAUAAACAUCCAUGUGACUGCCUCAAGAGAAAUGGGAUUGGGUAGGUAGGACAAAGUCCAGAUCCUCAGAUUGCUGGGAUCAAUCCAAAAGAUGCUGGGAAGUUUGCCUUGAAUUGGGAGACAGUGAGUUGAGAGUGGGAACUUUGACAAUCCAGAGUGGCCUAUAAUCACGUCAUGAUCACAGGACUGGGAAUGUUUGAAUACGUGAGAACAAUGGUAGGAGAAGAGCUUACUCUCGUUCAUGGAUGAUUUUCAUGUAACCCCUUGACCCUUGAAUGGUUGGUUAGAAAAGUCAGUUACCACAUGCGGUCACUUCUAGUUAUUUAGAGUUUAGCCCAAAUAUUGAAAAAUAAGUGGGACAGGAAGAUGGUAGCCUGGAAAUGAUUGAUGAGCAUGCUCUUGUAUUUCUGUAGUUCAAGGUUUCUCCAUGGGUACAGUUGACAUUUGGGGCUGGGUCAUUCUUUGAGGUGAUGGUGGUACUGGGCAUUGUAAAAUGUGUAGCAAUAUCUAUGAACUCCAUCCACUUUUAGUAACUGUGACAAUCUGAAGUAUUUCUAGAUAUUGUCAAAUGUCUCUAGGAGGACAAUAGUACCCUUGGAUUAGAAUCAGCAAUUGAACCAGUAGGUAUAAAGGCAGUCAUUCCGUCUUCAGAACAGAGGGCUCUGUAGAUACUUCUAGUCCCUAGAGUAAAGCAAAAGCAAGACCUUGAAGUCAAUAUAUUUUUAUUUUAAUAGGGACAGCAGGAUGAGAUAGAUGGAGAAGAUUCUUUUCAGAGCUUCACAUCAGAGCCAAAGUCAAAUAAAUGCAGUGAUGCUGAGAAGUGCAAGAGAUGUUUGCACCAAGAAUGCAGAUAUUGCAGAAGGAAAUACCAAG